UUCGACUCUUUCCCUGUGUUAAAUGUUAAGUUAUAGUUUUUACAGAAACCUCCAAAAGAUAAAGCACUUGAAAACACAACAAAACAAGAAAGAAAAAGAAAACAAGGGCAGAGCAUGAAGUUUAAUUUUCACUUUCUAAAUCUCUGUGAUACUCACGUGACUGCCUCCAAGUGUCCAUAUAAAGCGCAGUGGGGGAACAGAUCAAGCAUUCUAGGCAGAAUUUUUAUGCUGUAACUUCAUCUGCUCUCAGCUUUGCAAAGAUGACAGAUCAAGGAAAGACUUCAGCUGCCUCUUCAGAGGAUUUUCAAACAACUAAGCCCAAGACUGUGUCUGACCAGGGAAAAGAAGAAUCUGAAGAGGAAUAUGGGCCCCAGCAAUACAAUCUGAUUCGAAGUGAUUUUGUCCAGAAGCUGAAAGAAAAAGGGGAACAGCCUUACCCACACAAAUUCCAUACAGAUACUACACUUGGUGAAUUCAUUGCCAGAUUCAGCGACCUCAGAAAUGAAGAGCAACUUCCUGACAAACAGUUAUCUCUGGCAGGACGAAUUCAUGCCAAGAGAUCUGCUGGUGCAAAGCUCUUCUUCUAUGAUCUCCGGGGAAAUGGACUUAAAUUACAAGUUAUGGCCAAUGCUAAAUUUUUUAAGUCUGAAGACCUUUUCACCAAGACCAUAGAUAAGCUGCGGCGAGGAGACAUCAUAGGAGUUUUGGGAUAUCCUGGGAGAACCAAGCAUGGAGAACUUAGCAUCAUAGCUACAGAAAUAACUCUGCUGUCACCAUGCUUGCAUAUGCUGCCUCAUCUUCAUUAUGGAUUCAAAGAUCAGGAAACCAGAUAUCGUCAACGUUACCUAGAUUUGAUCAUGAAUGAGAACGUGAGGCAGAAGUUUAUUACGAGGAGUAAAAUUAUCACUUACUUACGAAACUUCCUGGAUAACCUUGGAUUUCUUGAGGUGGAGACUCCCAUGAUGAACAUGAUACCAGGUGGUGCAGCAGCCAAACCUUUUAUCACACAUCACAAUGACCUCAACAUGGACUUGUACAUGAGGAUAGCUCCUGAACUAUACCACAAGAUGCUAGUAGUUGGAGGUCUGGAGAGGGUAUAUGAAGUUGGACGUCAGUUCAGAAAUGAAGGAAUUGAUCAAACCCACAAUCCAGAAUUCACUACGUGUGAGUUCUACAUGGCUUAUGCAGAUUACAAUGAUCUCAUGGACAUCACUGAACAGCUGCUGUCAGGCAUGGUGAAGCAUGUGACAGGUGGCUACAAGAUCACUUACCAUCCAGAUGGCCCUGAGGGAAAGGCAGUAGAAAUUGACUUCACUCCUCCUUUUAAACGAGUCAGAAUGAUGGAAGAAUUGGAGAAAAUCACGGGAGAAAAAAUGCCAGCACCAGAAAGUCUGGAUACUGAGGAGGCCGAAAAGUUCCUUGACAAGCUAUGUGCGAAGAAGGGAAUCCAAUGUAGUUCUCCUCGGACUGCAGCAAGACUUCUAGAUAAGUUGGUAGGUGAGUUUAUUGAAGUUUCCUGCAUCAACCCCACAUUCAUUUGUGACCAUCCCCAGAUCAUGAGUCCUCUGGCUAAAUGGCAUCGUUCAAAGAAAGGCCUGAGUGAACGUUUUGAACUCUUUGUGAUGGAGAAGGAGAUUUGCAAUGCUUACACCGAGCUCAAUGAUCCAAUGAGGCAGAGAGAGCUUUUUAAGGACCAAUCGAAGGCUAAAGCAGCAGGUGAUGAAGAAGCCAUGAGUAUUGAUGAAAACUUCUGCACAGCAUUGGAAUAUGGACUUCCUCCUACUGCUGGCUGGGGGAUAGGAAUUGACCGUCUUGCCAUGUUCCUCUCCGACUCCAACAACAUUAAGGAAGUGCUAUUCUUCCCAGCGAUGAAGCCCAUUGAAAACAAACCUCAGUCAGAGAAACAAGAGAAGUGAAGUGCAGUUUAGAGGUAAAGGGCGAAGAACUAACCUCAUGUCAGAAUUUCACAUGGAAAUUUACAAGAACGUUGAGACAACUUGUUAAAGAAAAAUACAUUAAUACAGAUUACUCUACUGCAAAAAUGUGGCAUUUUACUAGCUAGACUAACAACACAAUGACACAUUUUGUAAAUGGAAAGUACUGUAUAGGGGAAAACUCUUUUCCAAGGUAGAAUGCAGUCAUGCCAGCUGCGUGUGCCUAAUGUUUUUCCUUUGCUGUGGCUAUCUGCUCUGUCCUAGUACAUAUAAUAAAACCCUUGGAGAGCAGGUCUCUUGUAAAUGUCAAUACUGUGCCUGCUCAUAAGAAUGGAACAGAUAGGCACAAGCAGGGAAACAUUAUAUGCCACUCUGAAGCUUGCACAUGAACAUUAUGUCUUAAUGGUUUACUUUUUAUUGCUGUCGUGAUAAUGUAAGAGUGAUUUGAAGAUUCUGAAAUAAAGCAGAAUGUUAAAAGUUGGGGAGAUGGUGUGAAAGAUGCUUACUGCAUUACUUUCAGUGAAGUGACAUGAGAGAUGAAUUUGGACCAUUGCCUUUAUUCUUGAAAGUGACCCUUUCAAAGAUUGACAAGCAGGUAUUUUUACCUACCAUAGCAGUCAUUAAAGUUACCACAUGGUGGAAUCUCAACUUCCAUAAUUAUCUCCUAUACUUGGAAUAGGAAAGCUAUAGAAACAGCUGGCAAAAGUUCAAUUUAAUGGCUUCUGCUAUAGGUAAAAUUGAAUUGUGGGGUUCUUAGCCUUGACGAGCUUCCUUUAAGGAACAAAGGAAAUGAGUCCAACUUCUAAGGAUUAAGUCCAAUAAAGGAAAUUACUUCAACUACCUUCUCUCUCUAAUAUUGUGGGAUCAACAUGGCUACAACAAUCCUGCAAACAACUUAUUCUUUGUCAUUCCACUGAAGUUCACGGAUGUGAAUUUGGUUUGGUCAGUGUUGGUUGAUAUUAUUAACCUUGUAAUCUGCCUCUUGUCUUCAACAUAACCAAACUCUAUUUCAUAUAACUAAGUAAAGACUGAAAUGCUUUAGGGUUAAUCAGAUUUGUAUCAAUAGCUGCACACCUAUGAUUUGUGUCCAUUAUUUUCUAUUAGCAAUAUACAAUAUAUAUAAUUGUUGUGAUGGAUGUGGGGGUUGCUAUGUAUUAAUUCAUGAAUGCUAUAUGGUUGUGCAAUUGCUGUAAGGGAUGUUUUCUGACUAGUGUUAAGUCAAAAGGGGCUGUUAAUUUCAUUUCCUGCUUGUUUUUGCUAUAACUAAACAUAAAAUACCUUCCAGUAAAUCACUUCAGGAUUGUUAAGAGAAUGGGAACUGGGCUAACAACUGGGAAGACCUACCUGCCUUGGCUCUAUGUUAAGAGACUUAUCAUGCCUAAUCUUAAGGACUAGGACUCUAAACAAUUGGGAUUUGCAAAGGUAUUUAGCUACUUGACCUCCAUUUGGUAUUACCUAAAUACCUUUUUGAAUUCCACCCUUAGUCACUCUCUAGAAAGAGAGGUGCGGGGGGAGUCCGUUUCAGGGGAAUGGCUACCAAAGACACUUUACAGAGGGAAUCUGAAGAAGUUGGGCUUACUUGGCUACCAAUACAGGAAUAGUAAGCUCGAGGUAGGUAAUCAAUUUAAAAAUCCAUGUUCAAAGAUUGAAUGGUCACUGUGUAUGUACCACUGGCCACAGCUCCCUUAGCACAGAACUGCAGGAACUGAAUUUAAGCUGGGUUUGCUGAGCUAAUCCUGGUUAGCAAACAGGGAUCUGUAACACAGGUCCUGGUCUAGAAGUGGGAGAAUCACAUAACUAUAGCUAGAGAGAGGUGAAAGUUUGAGGCUUGUCACCUUUGGGGUGCACUGAGACCCAGAGAGGGACGGGGAGACAUCUAACCCUGCAACUGUGACAAAUGUAUAUAUUUCAAUAAAUAGAUACAAACCUGGAGAUACUUUUUUAGUUGUGUACGGGGAAAUUUUGGCAAACUAGUAAAGUGCCUGAAACCACUAUGGCUUAUUGCUAAAAGCAGCCUACUCAGCAGUCUCAGCUUAACCAACGUAGGAGGGGGUGGGGGUGUUGGGUGCCAGAGAAAGGGCAGCUUGACCCUACAUCCUUCCUGAUAAGAAUUGUGUUGAAGUUGCUGAUACAUGCAUUUUAAAAGAGCAGGAUGUGCCACAGGAAAGUCUAUUGGGAGCUCAAGGCUACAAACUCUGGAAAAACCCAUAGCUGGUUAAUCAAUAAUCAGAAGGAACCUCUUGCUUGACCAUUGAAACUGCUUACUUAUCAAAUUUUCUUUAAGGGACAUGUCAUUCCAUUACUAAUGUAUAAAUAAGGGGGAAAGUUUGAGUAGUUGGACUCGUUUGGGACUCUCCCUCUGGAUACAGCUUGCGGUCCCCACCAGCGGACGGAUUUGGUCACCGGAAGCCUGCUGCUGUGUCACUCGAGAGCCACACUCAGCGUGUAAUUAUCAAGGGUUGCGGGUGUUUUACUAACCUGUUGCGGAUGUGUGUAAGUGCUUGAGACUAAGUAAAGUUUAGCUUUAAGUGAAAGCACUCUUGUGUUGUCCUGUUUGUGCCAGGCAUCUAUCGGACAGCCACGUCUCCCCUGAUUUAUUUCCUGACACCACCUCACACAGAGUAAAAGUUACCAAGAGCUUUGGAUUGAGAGAACCCAGGGUAACAGACCUGCCUGAGGUUUUGUUUUGCUGUGGAGUUUAUAUAUCAUGACUAUUAAAUCCUCCCUUUUUGUGAGCUGUGGACAUUAUAAAAAUAGCCACAUCAGUCAAUAUAUUUGUUCAGUAUCGAUUUCUCUUUAUUUUUCUUGAGACUUUCAACCUGUAUUGUCAUGCCAAAAGGAAUAUAUACAACUUCUGUAGGAAAAAAACAGAACAUUAGGGGUUGAGGUAUAACCAUUGAUUUAACUUUUAAUUUGUUAAAAUAAAUCUUAAGAAAAUAGCACAUCGCUUAAUAAAGUCUGAUUUUUUUUUUCAUUAAACUAUUUUGGACUUUAUCUUUAAAAAAGAACAGGAGUACUUGU